UUUCAGUGACAAUUUUCAAUCCCUAAUCGAUCUUCCAUGGAUCCCCUCACACUCCUCCGCGAGUACACCAUCCGCAACGAGCUCCACAAGAUUGUCCGCAUCGGCGACGACUACCGUUUCGGCAAUGACUAUACUUUCCCUUGCACAAUCGAAACCGCUUAUCGCUCCAAACAUGUUCAAGCUAAUCGCUACACUCUCGAAACCCUAAUCAACUUCAUCACCAAUCACCACCUCAAACACACUGAAUACAUUCAGCAAUCUCGUUCUCUUCGUAUUCCGGCGGUUACCCUACCUGACCGUAAACCCCUUCUCGAUUAUCUCACCGGAAAGACUGCAUCUUCAGAUUCUAUCGAAUUCCUCAAAUUCCCUCAGUCAAAUGAUACUACAGUUCCUGUUUCUGUUUCAGCUGGUGUUACUGGCAAUGAGGAGAAUGUCUUGGGUGAUGUUAGGGCUUUGGAAAAUCAAAACCCUAUUGAGUUGAUUAAAGCUGCUGAGAAGCCUUGGAAGGAUAGAGAAGCGAUUUUGUUCUGUAAGAACCGGGAUUUCUAUAGUGUUUUUACGGCUGCGUUGCGUAGAGAUGAGGAGCGGCACCGGGCGGAAUCGUUGCAGAGAAAAGAUGGGUUGGUUGCAAAGAAUCGGAUAGAUAGGGGGUAUGGAGGUGGUGAUGAAAUAGGAUAUGAUGGAGGGCCCAAGGCCAAAAUGCAUUUGAAGGGGAGUAAGAUAGGGGAGGGUGUUCCCAUUAUUUUGGUUCCCAGUGCGUUUUCGACUUUGAUCACCAUCUAUAAUGUGAAGGACUUUUUGGAGGAUGGGGUGUUUAUACCUACUGAUGUGAAACUGAAGCAGAUGAAGGGGUCAAAACCGGAUUGUAUAACAGUGCAAAAGAAGUUUAGUAGGGAUAGGGUAGUUACAGCAUAUGAGGUUAGAGAUAAGCCUUCUGCCUUGAAGCCGGAAGAUUGGGACCGUGUGGUGGCAGUUUUUGUGUUGGGGAAAGACUGGCAGUUCAAAGAUUGGCCUUUUAAGGAUCAUGUUGAGACCUUUAACAGGGUUGUAGGAUUUUUCUUGCGUUUUGAGGAUGAUAGUGUGGAGUCAGCGAAGACCGUGAAGCAAUGGAAUGUCAAGAUUAUCUCGAUAAGUAAGAACAAACGACACCAGGACAGAGCUGCAGCACUUGAGGUGUGGGAGAAACUUGAAGAAUUUAUGCGGUCUCGGUCUCAUUGAUGCAUGCUGAGUCUCUAGGUAGAGAACUUGCUAUAAGUUGUAUUUCCCUUUGUGACCGUCUUUUCGGUUGUAACAAUGAUUAACCUAAUUUCUCAUACUUGAGAAACUCUUUUUUCUUAAUCAAGUAAAUAUCUUCUCUAAA